AUGCAUCUCAGUGAGUACAGUCGGUAUAUUCGCUUUGUUUGCAUCAUUUGGCACAAUCAUGUACGUAUCAGUUUGGAAUCACAUGCUUUGAUAACAUUGCAACCUGGCGAUUACAUCCGUAUUGCUCUUUCUCCGCCUGAUGAUGAUUUUGGGCCCGACAUCACUGCGAGAAAUGUUGCUUGCUGUCUACAGCUUGGAAUUCCACCUGAGGAGAUUUUUGAGAUGAUCGACCUUUUUGGCCUUGAUGAGCAUCUUGACACUGUUCCCAAUCCAAAUCGGGUCAUCAAUGCAAGUGAUUGGAUCUCCAACGAUAGUGCCUAUGACUCGGUUAGUUUUUCCAGUGAUGAUGAAACCUCUCUUCUGCAUCUGGAGAACGUCAGCAAGGGACGCACGUGCAGUUUCACGGACUUCUUUCUGAAUGCAGUCCGAUUGUACAACCAGGCCAAUGAGGCUCUCCCUGAAUUUCCUGACGCUGAAGGAGACAUCGGCACAUAUGCUCCCUGGGUGCAGGACGUCUUCGAAGCAUGGCAAGGUGGAGCAACAAUUGGGCCAGGAGACAUUGAGCUCCUUGCCAGAUUGGAGACGUGGUUCACUGAUCACGAGAACUAUCAACGCUGCUUUCACUCCAGAGUAGCUAUCCUUGCCAAUGAUUUUGUGAACUGGGAAGCCCAGAUUAGACAUCUUUGGCGCGAGCGUUUGGUGAUUGGAGCUCCCCUUGAGUUUUACAUGGUAUCUCCUCUCCCUGAGGACGCUGACGGACAAGCCAUCGGUCAGCUCAUGAUCGUGCAGCGCCCUCAUCGUUUCGAUCGUUCGCUCGUUGUUUCGGUUUAUGACAACGCUUACGACCAAGGGCGUGCACAUUCGUUGGCGCUUGUCGCUGGUGACAGAGUCGAUUUGUACUCUAUUCGACUUAUGGCCAAUGCUGUCGAAGAUUGUCCUCCUGAAGUCCCAGGAAACACCUGUACGCUUUGGUUCGGAGCUCGUCGUCUCGAGGAACAUGAACGUGCAUUUGCUCGCCACGGACAUGCUUUUCGUUUAUACAUCCAACGAGCAGCACCCGAACAAGCGAGUUCUUCGUCCCAGGUGCUCUCACCCUUUGCACUCCGCCUUCCAUCAACACCUCAUGCUUGUUUGACUAGCUCACCUGACUGGGUGCAACAGUUGCAACGGGCUUUUGACGAGUUUGCAAUGGUGGAACGUGAAGAUGAAGGACGCAUUAUUUACCUGCAAACUUGGCAACUCAACGGGCAACGUGCUCCUCGGUGCCAGCUUCCCAGAACUGUUCGUCUACGCUCUGAUGUCACGGCAUGGCAGAGAACGCUUUACGAACGUUGGCAAGACCGUCUUGACAGCCGUUUGCCCAUUGAAUUCUGGUGGGUUGCUCCAACACCGAGAAAUACGCCUGGUCAGUCUUAUGUUGGGCACCUGAUUCUCGUUCAGCAACCUUUGCCUGAUUGUGCAUCGAUUUUGCUGACUGCCGACUACAAAGACGACCUUGACCCCAUUCUUCAGCAUGUUGCUAUUCAUCAAUAUGAAUUCCUUUCGAUCAAUGAUGCUAUUGGUGCUUUUCCGAUUCCAUCUCAAUGGCUUUGGCAGCGUAUUAUUGUGCGUGGAGAAAGACAAGUUUGGCCUGUUGUGGGUGCCCCCAGAAUCGACAAUGGUGAAAAUAUCAUUAUUGAGAUUGACGAUCCUCCUCCUAGUGAUGAGCCUGUGCAUGCCCAGGAACAUGAUGAGACUGUUUCCCUGCAGUUGCCUGGCACUUAUGUGCACAAUCAUCCACAGCCUGACCGAACUUCGGACGAAGCAUUUGGCAAUGUUCUCCAUCAGACACAGUCUGAAAGCAGCGUUGCCAUCUGCCUGGAUGAUGCCUUACCGAAGCCUAUUUGGACUCUUGUUGACUGUCAAAGAGUAGAUUUUGUGCGUCGCCAACUUCUUUACUCCUUUGAGCCCAGACCCUCUUUUGACUUCGAGCAGGUGAACUGUCGACGCAACUCUAUUGAAGCUCUUCACAACACACCCACUUGGACCCAGGAGGUUCCAAGUAGGUUUGAAUUUUACGUCGACGGCUCUUUUCAUCAUGAUUGCCCGCGCGCCACGACAGGAGUCGUCCUGAUUGUAGUGACCGACAAUGGUCCAUGCUUUGGUGGAUAUCAAUCAUCUUUCUCUUGGUAUACACCAAGCGCCCCCAGAGCUGAGUCCUCUGCCUCUGUGCUUGCACUUCAUUGGGCUCUACAUCUUGUGCAGCGAUAUGGCUACAAUGUGCCCUGUGCUUUCCUGUUUGAUUGCGUUUACGCUGGCCGAAUUGCUCAGGGACUUUCUUCCCCAGCUUGCAACCAUGACAUUGCGAUUGUUGAACGGUCACUUAACCUUUGGCUUGAGACUUUUUUGCAUGUCAAGACAGAAUGGAUGCACAUCAAAGGGCACUCGGGUCACCCAUGGAACGACCUUGCUGAUUCUAUUGCUUUUGCUGCUCGGAAGAGCCAACAGGUGACUACAGAUUUGGAUGCCAUUCUGGAGUGCUGCAGUUUCCGUGCAUCUGAUUUUGCUCCUCUUCAGUGGCUUUGGCUUUACGAAAUGUCACUGCAGGGACAUUCGGAUGCACCUUUGCUCAAAGACAGGUGCUGGAAGUUCAACUGUGCAGCACCUAUGAGUUCUGUGCCCAAAGCAUGCCUCCACCCUUUUGUGGCUCGUUUGCAACAGGCUUCGGUGUCCAUGACUCAAUCCAAACAUUUGCGCCUCCGAGUUGCCACCGCCAAUGUUCUCACCUUGUAUCCAAUGCGUGAUUUUUCCUCCUCAGUUUUUGGCGCUCGAGCAGAACAUCUUGCCAAGCAAUUCCAUUCAGCUGGCGUGCAGUGCAUUGGCCUACAAGAAACCAGAUGCCGACGUCAGGGCCAUGAUCAGUUUGAAGGAUUCCAUGUGUUCUCGGGAUGUGCCAACGAUCGCGGCCAAGGUGGCGUCCAACUGUGGCUCCGCUUAACCAUUGAGAUUGGCACUGACAAGAUCCAGCUCUCUACAGAUCACCUGCGACUUAUCCAUGGCGAUGAUCGCCGGUUGAUUGUCAAGAUUGCUCAUCCGCAACUGCACAUCGUUGUCCUUGUUCUUCAUGCUCCUUGUGUUGAUGAGGCUGACUUCGUGCUCAUCAUGGAUCUCAUCACACCUGGCUGGCAGCAUGCAGUACAUGGCUCCGGUAGAAUUGACUUCAUUGGAGUUUCCAAUAACAUUCCUGUUUGCCACACCAGCACUUGGAUUGACGACCGUAUCGACCUCUCCAUUGCUCGACCUGACCACGAGUGUGUUUGCGCUGAUAUCUGGAUCACUUUGCGCCACAACGCGGCAAAGCCUGAGUUCUCUGCUGGCAAUAUGGACGUGCAGAAUCCAUGCUGGAGCCAUGACGUGCACACUCAUGCAGCUCUUUUACAGCAUCGGCUGUUGUCUGCGAUGCCAGACAAAAUGAGCACCUUGCGAAAGAAGCAUCUCACUGCUGAGACCGUCGAGCUUAUCCGAAGAAAGAAGCUUGCCUUCCGUCGACUUCGGGAUCAUCGCCGAACACAUCGACAAACAUGGCUUCGCAUCGUGUUUCAGCAAUGGCGCUCUGCCUACGAUCCAUGCGUCAUGCCUUGUCAUGAGCUGAAGGACAUCAAUUUCAAAGUUGCCUUGCUGUGUCAAGGACCAACGCCGGAGCAGCAAAUUGCUCACUAUUGCACCCUUGAAGGCGGAAGUGAACUCUCAUAUGAGGAUUUGCUCAAGAAAUGCCAUGCCCACCAACAGAUUCAAGCUCACGAUCAGCCGCUGCAACUUUCUCUCGAACAAUUGCCAAGUCGCAUUGACGUUGAGAAUCGACUGCAGCGACUUACUCCCUAUCGUGCGCCAGGUAUUGAUGGUCUUUCACCGCAGUUUUUGAAACAACAAGGGGCUGAUGCAGCUGAACCUAUCUUUCAGCUUGCCUUAAAGAUGUGGCUUACAGGACACGAGCCUGUUCAGUUUAAGGGCGGCAGGCUCUUCUCAAUUUCAAAGAAAGCAUUCAGUCGUGACGUCUCUCACAUGAGAGGUAUCAUGCUCAUUGACGUGAUCGGAAAAGUCAUGCACGCCAUCAUGAGACAAAGGUUUCUCCCGUACGUCCUGCGGUGGCGGCAUCCACUGCAGUUGGGAGGCUUCCCCAAGUGCACCACGCUUUUCGCUACGCAUUAUUUGAAAGAAGUUCACUUACGUGCUCAAAUUCUGCAGCUUUCUUUUUGUGUGCUGUUUCUGGAUGUGAAGAGCGCUUUUCACAGCAUGAUUCGUCAGUUGCUCUUCGGUGAUGACGUUGACUUACCUGCCCACCUUCUUCGCCUUCUUGAAGAUGCUGGGUGUGAUCCUUCCCAACUGCAACAAGAAAUCUCCAAGGCCUCUCAAGCUUUCUUGCAGCAGGUUCCUGUUCAUGAACAGCGGUUGAUCAAGGAUGCCCAUCAUUCGACUUGGUUUUGCAUCCCUGGGACCACCUCAUCAUUUGAAACUUCACGAGGAAGUCGGCCAGGCAGUCCUCUCGCAGACAUUGCGUUCAAUGCGAUGAUGGUGAAGGUCCUCACCAAAUUUCAAGAACUCCUUCAAACUAUCCCUGCUUUGCAGAAUGGCCUUUGUCACCUCGGGCUCCCUGCCCCACCGGUGACCUGGGUUGACGACGUUGCCGUACCCAUUGUUGUCACAGAAGGCCGCCUUCUUGAACCUACUAUUCAACAAGUUACUCUAGCGGCUGUUGAUGCGUUUUUAGCUGCUGGCAUGACCUUGAACUUCAAGCGGCAAAAAACAGAAGUCGUUGUGGAUUUUCGUGGUGAAGGCGCUUCAGCGCUUCGACAUGCAUUGUUUGUGGAGCGAUUGGGGCACAUCACUCUGCCUUCCAGGGAUGCACCGCUGAAAUGUGUUGCAAUCUACGAACAUCUCGGGACACAGUUUUCAGCUGACGGAUCCCUUAAGCAUGAGAUCACCCACAGACGAUCCAGAGCUAUCCAAGCACACCGGCAAGUUGCCAAGAGUAUUCUUAGGAACCGCAAUGUUCCCAUUGAAGCUCGUUUGAAACUGUUUGAAUCUCUCAUCAUUCCCAUUCUUUUGCAUGGAGCAGGAAACUGGGGACUUUUAUCAACCAGAUUGUUCAAUCAGAUUCACGCAGCCAUCAUGAAUUGGCAACGAUCCAUUAUCAAUAACGGCUUCUGGACCGACAGUCAGCAGACAGAUUUUGAGCUCCAAUGCCAUUGGAAGCUUCCCCCUUUAGCCUUGCGCUUGGCCAAAGCUCGGCUUUUGUAUGCAUUUCAUUGCAUUCAGGAUGGACCCCAAUUGCUGGUGGAUUUUUUCACUGCGAAUGCCACUCACCCUCAGGGCUGGUUUGUUGCUUUGUGCCGUGCCUUUGAUUGGUUGCACAGUGUCGAUGCGGAAUUUUUUCCCUGGAAUCCAAACACUUGCACAGUCGAGCACAUUGCCACUUGGUUGCAGCAGAACUCUGAACGUGGGCCUGGACGUGUCCGUCGUCUUUUCAAACGCUCUGUUUUUCAGUUGCAUGUGGUUGGGGAAGCCCAUUCCUUGCAUCACCGUUUGCAGAGCACUUUGAGUGAAGGAGGCGUCCUUUUUGGCAAAGCCGCUCAUAGCGAACAAGUUGUUGGAUCAGUUGAGUUGCAUUGCGACUGGUGCUCCAAGUCAUUUGACAAUGUUCAGAAAUUGAGAGUACAUCAGUGGAUUGCUCACCAAAUCAUCUCGGACGAAAGACGAUUUGUUUAUUCUGACACUUGCCUCGCAUGCCAACGUUGCUUCUGGUCCUCCGCUCGCCUGCAACAACAUUUGCGACUUACGCGGUCACAUCGCAAUGGAUGUUACGAACAGCUUACAUGGCAGUAUGCUCCAAUGCAUGAAGCUCUCGCAAUUGAAAUUCCAGAAGACCUCAGAGGGUUUACACGCCUUCCUUCCUCACCAGUAGCAACGGUUGCUGUGCAGGGUUGUCCUUCGCGAGAAGCCGCGCUUUGCCAACUACAGACUGCAUGGGAGGCUGAAGGUUUGCCUUCCCAGCUUGACGAUGAUGUUGUGAAUGAGGUUUUCCAAGCAGCCGAUGCCAUUGUCCAGGAUUGGCAUCCUGUUGGGAGUGUUGACCCUGACCGGAUCGUUUUUCAACUUUGCGAACUCCUUGCGGAUGACGAUGCUCGCAUUUGGGCAGCCUGGCAGUGGACUCACCAGCAGCUCAUUUUUCGGCGUUUCGAUCAUCUUUUGCCCAGCGUUUUUCAACGGCUGAAGCAAGCGAUCCACAACCUCUUUGCUGAACUUCCAAUUGGUCGGCUCUUGGACUGGCAACAUCGUAUGAACACAGCUUUCGUUGGUGAGCCUGUUCUCAGUGCUGAAGCAGAGGCUGGAGGCAAGGAAAAACUUGAACCAUUGGUUGAUCCUAUUUUGUUUCAGAAGGUUGGGUUUGAACAUUUUAGGACACCAGUUUCUUCAAAGCCAGCAUGCAACCGUGUCCCUGUCUCAUAUGAAGACGGUACACCCGUGCUAUGGAUCUUGCACCUUUUCAGCGGCCGACGACGCAGAGGUGAUUGCCACUUCUGGACUGAGUGCUGCUCUGGAGUGCUGCCUGGGUUCAUUGUACGCAUCCUGUCCGUCGACACGGCCAUCCAUCCCGUUCACGGCAAUUUAGAUCGUGGGCCGGUCUAUGAUCGCAUGUUGCGCAUCAUCAAAAAGCGCUUCUUUGCAGCAGGCUUAACUGGACCACCAUGUGAGACUUUUAGCGCUGCUCGGCACAUAGAUCUCCCUGAUCAACGACAUCCCAGACCACUUCGCUCUUCUGAGUUCCCGUGGCUGCUGGCUGACCGCAGUUGCCGUGAGAUGUUUCAGGUUCUGAUUGGCACUAGGCUCCUUUUCCAUUCCCUAAUCGCUGAAGUUUCUUUAGUUUUGGCAGGGGCAUGCUCACUCAUGGAGCAUCCAACUGAAAAUUCAGACAGCAACAAAGUUUCUGUCUGGAGGCUGAACUGCCAUUCCGAUUGGGUUAUGGCGUUGCAUGAGGCCAAGCAACACAAGAUCGAGCAGUGGAAAUAUGGAAGUCGUGGGAUCAAACCCACCACGCUUCGUGCUGUCAACAUGGGGCCCCCUGCCUUGGUUGAAAAAGUUCUCGAGCAAAACACUGACUCGACUCUUGUACGACCGUGCUAUGCUCUUGCUGGAAAGCAUGGCGACGGAUCAUAUAAGACUGCGUCGGCCAAAGAAUACCCUUCUCAUCUGUGCAGGGCCAUGGUUUUAGCCACUUUAUACAGCCUCAAACAUCGGAUUGAUUCUUGCGGUGUUGUCCAGGCUUUACCAUUGGCUGCUGAUGAGCAUGAGUGGAUCUCUGCUCUUCAUGCCUGUGCUAUACAAGACUCCCUGUCAGGCAAAUUUCUGCCCGAUUUUCAGGGUUGA